AACACAAAUAUACAUUAUCAGUGCCGUGCAAGGGUGUUGCUGUGGAUUGCUCUCUAAUACUAGUGUUUCCUUGGCAAGGACCUGCAGUUUAACCAGAUCUACUCGAAGCUGGGGGAGAACUCGGUGGUGAAGGGGGUGUUCCUGGAGUGUCUGGAGCCAUACUUCCUGAGUGACCGGCUGACAGGCCUCUCCCCUCCCCCCACGUCAUGAAGGAUCUGCUCGUCCAGGACAACGGCAUGAUGGACAGCAUCGAGGCUUGUAUCGUCCACCUGGACAUCCAGCAGGUGGUCCAGAUGUGCUGGGAACACCAUCUGCAUGACGCUAUGAUCUACGUCUAUAACAGCGCGUCUGAUUUCCAGAAGUGUCCUGUCACUGUCAGCAUGAGAGAGUUCCAACAUGAACGCAUCAGACGUGGUGCCAGAACCCAUUCUCUGACAUGUGACUGUCUGAGUUCACCCAUAAGUUCAAACUCUCAGAAACUACUCCAGGUGAUUAGCCUGCUGCUGCGAGCAGGGAAGUCUCUAUCAGACUUUUGAAGAGUUCAAGAAUGAUAAACAAGCGCUUGAGUACCAGCAGCGGAUUGUGGAUAUCUUAAUGAAGAAUCUUUUGUUUCUGAAAGUGGUCCAAUAUGCCUGAGAUCGCAUCUGAGAGCGUGUACUGUGCAACCCCAGGGCUUUGGCAGGGGGGAUUGGGAUUGGUUUAGCCCAAGGAGUUUCAGUCAAUGAUCAUUGGCCACUUUUACCCAUGUGUGUGUACAUUUUCUUUAUUGCUUUUAUUCAAGCUUGCAAUUAAACAGCUGAAAUCACUCCAUAUCCAGUGUCCAAUCAGCUCUCACUAAUUAGGUGAUUAAGUGCAUAUGCUUCAGUCAUAGUCACUCAAGCGUGUCA